AUGUCGGUGCUGCUGGUCCAUGAAGCACACACUCUUGGUGUCAGGGACACGGACGGACGUGCUGUCGCCAAGUUGAUGUCCGUAGAUUGCCGCUGUCACGGAGUUUCCGGCUCCUGCGCUGUGAAAACGUGCUGGAAAACCAUGUCUUCUUUCGAGAAGAUUGGCCACUUGUUGAAGGAUAAAUAUGAAAACAGUGUCCAAAUCUCAGACAAAAUAAAGAGGAAAAUGCGCAGGAGAGACAAAGAUCAGAGGAAAAUACCGAUUCGCAAGGAUGAUCUGCUCUACGUUAAUAAGUCUCCCAAUUACUGUGUCGAGGAUAAGAAACUAGGGAUCCCGGGGACACAAGGCAGAGAAUGCAACCGCACGUCAGAGGGCGCGGACGGCUGCAACCUCCUCUGCUGUGGCCGAGGCUACAACACCCACGUGGUCAGGCACGUGGAGAGGUGCGAGUGCAAGUUUAUUUGGUGCUGCUACGUUCGCUGCAGGAGGUGUGAAAGCAUGACUGACGUCCACACUUGCAAGUAGCCCCUCCAUCCAGCGUUGAGCAACGCUGCUCAGUUACAGCUGAGGGAGUGUCAUCCAGAGGGUGCCUCUCACCCUGCAGGGCUGGGGAGGCGGACUCCGGCGUCAG